GAAUUGUUUUUCUGGAAAUCACUGGAUUUAAGGAAAUGGGAAAGAUUUGGUCCAAAUCUUCACCACCUUCACCUUCUCCAGAAUUUGAAAAGCCAUGGAGGACAAUAAAUUGGGACACAAAAGAACUCCUGAAAUCUGAAUUACGCGAGAUUCCUCUUAACUGUCCAGAACUCAGCCAUUUCAGAAUACUGCUUUAUGGACAAGUUGGAGCUGGAAAAUCCUGCUUCAUAAACUCUGUACUAAGCGUCUUCAAAGCAAAAAUAAUAAACAAGGCAGACGAGGAGUCAUCUGGAGGGAAAAGCUGUACAAGAAAAUUUAAAACGUACAAGAUCACUGAUGUAAACGGUCCGGUUUUGCCUUUUGUCAUCAAUGAUGUUAUGGGUUUGGAAGGUUCUGAGGAAAAUGGAAUUCAUCCUGAUGACAUCAUUAAAGCCCUGAAGGGUCACGUUAAAGAAGGUUAUACGUUUAAUCCAGUUUCUCCACUGAAUACGGACAACCCAGACUACAUAAAAGAACCCAGUCCAAAUGAUAAAGUUCACUGUUUGGUGACUGUAAUGGCUGCAGACUCCAUCUCCCUAUUAGAUAAAGAGGCCUUUCAAAAGAUGAUAAGAGUCAGAAAGGAAGCUCUUUCUUUGGGUAUCCCUCAUGUGGUUCUGAUGACAAAAAUAGACACAAUCACCCCCCUGGUUAAGGAGGAUCCAAGCAAGGUUUACACAAGCAGGAAAAUUAAACAAAAGAUGGAGGAGUGCAGCCAAACACUUGGUCCACCAACAAAAUGCGUCUUUCCUGUCAGUAACUAUUAUGAAGAAAGUGAAACAAAUGACAAAAAAGAUGUACUUAUUCUGACGGCAUUAAAGGGAAUUGCAGACAUUGUUCAAAAUUACUUCGAAAAUGAUAACAUGUAAAUUACCUGCUGAUGUAUUUUUUAUAUAAUUUUUUUUUAAGGAAUUAGGAUUUAGAGCUGUUUUGACCACUUUUCAUAUGUAUUAUUGUGAGUAUCAGUGACCAACUAACAACAAACUGUUAACAUGUCAUCAAUGGUGUUCUUUUGUUUUUGAUUUGUUUGUAUUAAGGCACUUGCUGUUUUUCUAUUUACUUUUUCUAUUCGCUAUAAACACUAUACAGAUCAAAAUAAAUUGAAAAAACUGAA